GCCUGGCCGGGGCUGAUGAACCCUGUCGGCACUAAUAUGGGAAUUCUGUUCCUUUUAUAACAGCAGAAGCAAGAUCACAUUUUAUUUGUUCUGAGAGAUAUGCCAUUGUGUUCAUCCUACUGUAUUCAAUGCCUGUUAAGAUCGCAUUUCCGAUAAUGCAACGUACUUUACAGCAUCAGACCUGCCUUGCAUGGCAAGGCAAUCGCGCAUCCAAUCUAGAGACAGCUUCAGUAGCCUGUGUGCUCUCAGGAGGAGUGAGACAUGCCUUCUCGCUCAGCCUGCUCCCCAUCCAUGGCGCAUCUCCAGCUCUGAAUCCACUUCGGCUCUCGAUCCUCCGCUUCACACACACGCACGCAUUCACACACAUAUUAUUACAAAUGCAGCGUGGAAGACUGGAUCUGUCGGAGAAACCCUAUCUAAUUGAGCGCGCUGGGGUGCGAAAGAUGUAGAGCCAGAGGUGUAGGCAGAAUGGAGUGCUCCUGGAAGACGGUGCUGCUGCUGGUGUGUGCAUCUCUGGGGAUCCAGUACACAGCCAUCCGCACCCUGAGGGACUCACUGUCUGGACCCUGUCAGGGAGCCUACCGCUGCCAGAGCAGACACCACAGAGACUCCAAAUGGAGAGCCUUGUGCGAUGACAGUUGGAUGCCUGUGGAGUCGCCUCGGAAGCACAUCCUGCUGUUUGCCACCACACGCAGCGGCUCAUCCUUCACUGGGCAACUCCUCAACCAGCACCCAGGGAUCUUCUAUGUGUUUGAGCCUCUCUACCAUGUCCAGCAGGCCUUCACUAAUUCCAGCAGCAGGGUGCGUCACACCCUGGACCGCCGAGCCCUCCUCGGAGCAUACAGGGACCUCCUCCUCAAUCUGUACACUUGCGACCUUCACUUCAUGGAGAAUUACAUCCGUCCGGAGCCUCAGGACCAUGUCACGAGCUCUUUUUUCCGCCGAAGCUCCAGCCAUGCUCUCUGUUCUCCUCCCGUGUGCCUAGAAAGAGGGGAAGUAGUAGUGGUCUCUGAUCUCCCUGAUGAAAUCUGGUGUCCAAAAAAGUGUGGGGCCCUUAAUCUCACUCUAGCCUCUAUGUCAUGUCUGUCAAAAGGACAUAUAGCCAUAAAGACUGUGCGGGUUCCUGAGGUGAAGGACCUGCGCACCCUGACUGAAGAUCCACGUCUGGAUCUGAAGAUCAUCCACCUGGUGAGAGAUCCCAGAGCCAUCCUUGCCUCGCGCAUGAUGGCAUUUUCAGAUCAGUUUCGCGCUUGGAAAAUAUGGAACGCCACAGGACGGCAACCUCGAUACGUGGACCUUUCGCAGAUCACCAGCACCUGCAAGGACAUGUCGGCCUCUGCGGAAACAGGCCUGCGGAGACCGACGUGGCUGAGGGGACGCUACCUGCUGGUCCGGUAUGAGGACUUGGCAUUGAACCCAACAGACAAGGCCAAUGAGAUCUAUAGGUUUGUAGAGCUAGAUAUGGAGGACAGGGUGCAGACGUGGAUCGCAAAGAACACCAACGCUAACAUGUCGUCUCCGCCCGAGUGGAGCUACAGGUACUCCACCACCAGAGACUCCAGAGUGACGGCGGAGAGCUGGAGACUCCGUCUAGGCUUUGACAUUGUCAGAACGGUGCAAAAUUUGUGCAAUGACACUCUGGCCCUGCUGGGAUACAAGCAGGUUCACUCUGCAGCCGAACUUAGAAACUUGUCCCACAGUCUAGUGGAACACAGGCUCUUUCAGUAGAUUUGAUUAAAGGUUAAAAAACACUUUCUCUUUCUUUAUUUAAUUAUUUACUGUCAUGAUCCUGAUGAAAUGAAUGUAAUUUAUCUUAUUUGAUCUACUGCCUAAGGUAAUUUAAUAUUGUAUUUUCACUUUUUACGGUUUUGUUAAAUAUAUUAAAAGUGCCAAAUUUCAAGCGUUUGUGACGCUGGAAGAAGUAUUGAUCCAAAAAGUCUAUAGUGCUAUACUAUAUAUGUUCACUGAAAACUCCAGACAUUAUUAAGUUAGUAGCUUGUUUUCACUCUCAUAAAUCAGUUUUCUCAUAAUUUCAGCCUUACAGAGUUUAAAUGAGAAAGUAAACACCUCAAAAAGUGAUGCCCCGAAAGCAUGACGCUCAAAAAGCAACAAGGAUUUAUCUGUUUACUGUAAAAAGAGAUUUUUUUUAAAAACAAAGAAAAGGAAAUUACAGGCCUUUACUUCAAAGUGUCUCUAAUACCCUUUGUAAAAGGAUUAUAUUGACAUAUGUCACUGGUAAGAAAUCUUCACCAGUGCAAUCUUCUGCACAGCAGAUCUGUUUUCUGCGAGAGGAUGCUGAAAAUAUGAGAAUAUGUUUGUUUUUCCUUCACUGUAAAUACUUAAAUGCUAUAAAUACUGAAUAACUGUUGCAGUGCAAAUGUGCCAAAUGUUAUUUACUGAAUGUAUUUGGACAUUUUUGUCAGUGAAACUAUACUGUUUAUAUUUUUUAGCCUUUUUAAAACAAAUAAUUCAUAUGUAAGUAAUGCAUAUCACAGCACACUGCAGAAAUCCUUUUACAACCAUAUUGCUUUGAUGUAUUUUUAUAUCAUUUAAUCCUGAGAAGAAAGUGAAUAAGUGCUUGUGUUUGAGUGCUGAAAACACAGAAUUGUGCAAAUGUGUUGUCUUUUAUCUUGUAAUACCUCUGUAUUUGUUUUGGUCUUCAUCCACAUUUCAAUCCUGCUGGUGUGUCUGUAGUAACAGACAUGUUUUUGACUCAAAUGAACACUUGCUGCACACACUGUGUCUCAUUCUGAGUUUAACUUGGAGCCUAAAAAGAAUAAUAUCAGGAUCAUUCAGUGGUACCAGCUGUCUGUAGUGGAGUAUAGUCAGAGAUUAGACAGCUGCAGGUUCUCUGCCAGUUCCACCCUCUGAAAUUGGUCUUUGUGUCUAAACAGAGGAGGGAAGUGCCAUCUCCAGACACCAGCCCAUUUAUUUCCAUGUAGAGCUGCUCUCUUGAGAUAAAUGCUGGAAGUAGUUUCUGAGGGAGAACUCAUUGCAUGAAUCAUAGACCAACCACUGACUGACUGUGAUUUUCUUCCCUUUUAAAUGUACGCAUCACAUCUUCUUAUAGAGGCUCCAACUGUAUAGCCCGCUGGGAGCCAUGAACUUUAAUACUUAUGGCACUAAAGAAAGCCACUCCACAGUGAAGGAAAGUUUGCAAUUUAAGUGGAAUGGUUAUGCAUUUCUGUGAGCACUAUUAAAUCUGAGGUGAAAUUGUCUCUUUAAUAAUGUAUUUUUAGGCACCCAGUCCUCCCCAUCCUUCCUGUAGCUGCCCUAUAGCUGCUGACACCGGGGAUAUCUCAGCACAGCCCAAAGAAUUGAUCUACAUCCAACUGAGGAGAAACAGGAUUUAAGACACAUGGAGCAAAGAGCUGCCAUCUUCCUUUGAACUUAAUCUGCAAGGCUACACAAACUGGCCAUAAAGCAAAGCUUUAUGACACCCAGGGAAAUGUGCUUCACUGGUUGCUUGACCCCCACCCCUACGCUCAAAGCUGCAAGUGGCCUGAGUCAGCCAUCAGCUAAUUAGCCAUUUCUUUGUAAUCAAUACUGGCAAUACAUUCCUGUCUCCUUAACUAUGUGCUGAUAAAUUUAGGUCUUAUCAAUACUAGUAACAAAUAUUGUAUGAGGUGCAUGCUGAUAUUGGGAAAUGCCAAAUAGCACACAGUUUAAUCUACACCAGUGGAUUGUAGCCUUUUUGUUAGACGUACAGCUGUGCUAGAUGAACUCAAGGGCCCCUUUCACUGUUUAUUUCUGCCAUGAUCCAUUACUUUUAGCUCUUUUGUUUUAAUCUAAGAUAUUUUAUCAUUCAUCAAUGACUUUUUUAUUUUGAGUUGUUCACAAUUACCUCCAUUUAACCAUCAUUUCUAUUAUAAUUAAUUUUAGCAAGCUAGUGAUCCAUCCAUCCAUUAUGUUUCGCUAAUAGUUUGCUUGCUAACUAGUUUUAACAAACUCAGUUAUGUUUAUGUUAUAGCUGAUUUACUGUGUGAAUAUUUUUUUAAUUCAAAUUGCAAAAUACGUUCAGAUUAGUUCAAUAAAUCCACAAUCUUUCCACUUACCUCCUGGCAAAAGCAUAAGUACCUGUGGGAUACAUCUGUCCCCUGGCUGGGAAUCACUGAGUUCUGCUGUCCAGACAGACAAACCAGAAGACAGAAGAGAUGCAAGAGGAGCACACACACAUUUAUGGAAUAAAAUGUGCAAACCUGGAUGUUAAAGGGUAUUACAGGCGUUUUUAGUCUGUAACUGGAGAGAGCACAAACACAUAUCUGUAACACUGACAACUCCUGGGAAGCAUGCAGGGCAACACUUCCUUCUUUUUACUGUUUUUAGAAACAGGCAAACAUGUCUUGAAUGUCUGUGUUAUUUCCAGGUUUUCCACUAUUUUAUAGAUGAAAGGCAACUAGAUAGUAAUGGACUGUGUGAUUUGCAUGUGUGGAUAACAGAGAAAGAGAGGGGCUAACUUUACACAUUUGAUUUUUCUACCAGACUAAUAAAGUAAAAUGGCAUGAUGAACAGCUGUGUGAGGAUGGAGACUGCACAAUGCAAGCACAGUGGAGGAGGACAGUCCUCCUCAGGCGGAAAAGGUUAUAGUUGAGAAUUUCCUGUGCUCUCAUCCACACUGUGAACAGCAGCAAACAAAAAGAGAGAGUGCAGGGAUCAAUAAAGAAUCACAUUAAUGUAGCAGCUAAUGUUGUGGCCACUAGGUUCAUAUUCAGUAGAUGCAAUUUGUCCUGUUUUUUUUUUCCUUUCUUUGUUACUUCAAUAUGGAACCUGCCACAGAAUAGCUGAAAAAGUAGAAAUCAAAACACAAACCCAUGAACCAAAUUUCAUCUGCUGUUAAAAUUCAAGACAUGUGAUUAUCACAGCUUCACUGCUUAGUUUAACAACUCCAGGUCCCAGGCAUCAAGGCGCAGCGUGAGCCAGCUUCCAGCAGUGAUAAGCACCCCGUUGACCUUCC